AUGUCGCAGAGUGACGCCGGUUUCAUCGCUGCCCUCGACGAGGCCAAGAAGGGUUAUGACGAGGGCGGUGUCCCGAUCGGUGCCUGCCUGGUUGCCGCUGACGGUAAGAUCCUGGGGAGGGGCCAUAAUCUGAGGAUCCAGAAGGGCAGUGCCACCCUUCACGCUGAGAUGUCGGCCCUCGAGAACGCCGGACGGCUCCCGGCCUCGGCCUACGAGGGCGCUACCAUGUACACCACUCUUUCUCCUUGUGACAUGUGCACUGGAGCCUGCAUCCUGUACAAGGUCAAGCGCGUCAUCCUGGGUGAGAACACCACCUUCCUUGGCGGCGAGGAGCAUCUUCAGCGCAAGGGUAUCGAGGUCGUCAACGUCAAGAGCGCCGAAUGCGAGGCUCUGAUGGCCAAGUUUAUCAAGGAGAGACCAGGUGACUGGAAUGAGGAUAUUGGUGAGCAAUGA